GCAUAGUGCCAUAGCACAUACGUAACAAACUAUUUGCAGAAGGAGAGUGGCGAGAAAAAGCACAACAGAAUAUUUGCUGAUCGAUCAGUCACUGAUUUUGAGUGCAGCGAAGCGCGUGAAUAAUUGAACCGUCAGUACACUGUGAUCAUCACAGUAUAAGUAGUAGUCGCAAUGGCUGAAACCUCACAAAACGUGAUUCCUACUCCUACUAAUACUGCUGCUGCUGCUGCUGCUUCUUUCAUCCCUCCGCCCUCCGUUUCUGUUGUCCGUCGUGAGAAUACUGCCGUCUCCGUUUCCGAUUCCGCUGUUGACUCCGUCGUCGUCGACGAUCAGAAGGAACAAACACCGGCAACUGCGUCUAGCAAAGGGAUUCAAAUCAUGCAUAGAGCUCAUACUUGUCAUCCUUUGGACCCUUUAACUGCUGCUGAGAUCUCUGUGGCUGUGGCAACUGUUAGAGCUGCCGGUGAUACGCCUGAGGUCAGAGAUGGCAUGCGGUUUGUUGAGGUGGUUCUGUUGGAACCAGAUAAAACUUUUGUUGCACUGGCAGAUGCCUAUUUCUACCCACCUUUCCAAUCAUCAUUGAUGCCCAGAACCAAAGGAGGACUUCUUGUUCCUUCUAAACUACCUCCAAGGCAUGCUAGACUUAUUGUUUACAAUAAGAAAACAAACGAGACAAGCGUAUGGAUUGUUCGGCUAACUGAAGUACAUGCUGCUGUUCGAGGUGGACAACACAGGGGAAAAGUGAUCUCAUCAAAAGUUAUUCCAGAUGUUCAACCACCUAUGGAUGCACAAGAGUAUGCUGACUGUGAAUCUGUGGUUAAAAAUUAUCCUCCAUUUAUUGAAGCAAUGAAGAGAAGGGGUAUUGAUGACAUGGACCUUGUGAUGGUUGACCCCUGGUGCGUUGGUUAUCACAGUGAAGCUGAUGCUCCUAGCCGCAGGCUUGCCAAACCACUAAUAUUCUGCAGAACAGAGAGCUACUGCCCAAUGGAAAAUGGAUAUGCAAGACCAGUUGAAGGUAUACAUGUGCUGGUUGAUGUGCAAAUCAUGCAGGUGAUAGAGUUCGAAGACCGCAAACUUGUACCUUUACUUCCAGCUGAUCCACUGAGGAAUUACACUGCCGGUGAGACAAGAGGAGGGGUUGACCGAAGUGAUGUGAAACCCCUACAAAUUAUUCAGCCAGAGGGUCCAAGCUUUCGCGUCGAUGGGAACUAUGUUCAAUGGCAAAAGUGGAAUUUCCGAGUAGGUUUCACCCCUAGGGAGGGUUUGGUUAUACACUCUGUGGCAUAUCUUGAUGGUAGCAGGGGACGAAGAUCCAUAGCCCAUAGGUUGAGUUUUGUGGAGAUGGUUGUCCCCUAUGGGGAUCCAAAUGAUCCACAUUACAGAAAAAAUGCAUUUGAUGCAGGAGAAGAUGGCCUUGGAAAGAAUGCCCAUUCACUUAAGAGGGGAUGCGAUUGUUUAGGAUACAUAAAGUACUUUGAUGCCAAUUUUACAAAUUUUACUGGAGGAGUAGAAACCAUCAAAAAUUGUGUAUGUUUGCAUGAGGAAGAUCACGGGAUGCUUUGGAAGCAUCAGGAUUGGAGAACUGGCCUUGCUGAAGUUAGACGGUCUAGACGACUGACAGUUUCUUUUAUUUGCACUGUGGCCAAUUAUGAAUAUGGAUUCUACUGGCACUUUUACCAGGAUGGGAAAAUUGAAGCAGAAGUCAAACUCACAGGAAUUCUCAGUUUGGGAGCAUUGCAACCUGGAGAGUCUCGAAAAUAUGGCACCACAAUAUCACCAGGAUUGUAUGCACCUGUUCAUCAGCACUUCUUUGUUGCUCGUAUGAAUAUGGCAGUUGAUUGUAAGCCAGGAGAAGCACACAAUCAGGUUGUUGAAGUAAAUCUCAAAGUUGAAGAACCUGGGAAGGAAAAUGUUCACAAUAAUGCAUUCUAUGCCGAAGAAACACAGCUUAGGUCUGAAUUGCAAGCAAUGCGAGACUGUGAUCCUUUAUCUGCUCGUCAUUGGAUUGUUAGGAACACAAGAACAUCCAACAGAACAGGUCAGCUAACAGGGUACAAGCUGGUACCUGGUCAGAACUGUUUGCCAUUGGCUGGUCCUGAGGCUAAGUUCUUGAGAAGAGCGGCAUUUCUGAAGCACAAUCUGUGGGUUACACAAUAUGCACCCGGAGAAGAUUUUCCAGGGGGAGAGUUCCCUAAUCAAAAUCCACGUGUUGGUGAGGGAUUAGCUUCUUGGGUUAAGGAAGAUCGCUCUCUGGAAGAAAGUGAUAUUGUUCUCUGGUAUGUUUUUGGAAUCACGCAUGUUCCUAGAUUGGAGGACUGGCCUGUUAUGCCCGUUGAACAUAUCGGCUUUAUGCUUCAGCCGCAUGGAUUCUUUAACUGCUCUCCAGCUGUAGAUGUACCUCCACCACGGGGAUGUGACUCAGAAAGCAAAGACAGCGAUGCUUCAGAAAAUGGUGAAUCAAAGCCCACUACCACUGGUUUGACUGCCAAGCUUUGAAGGGUUUUUGGUUCAUAAAGUAGUCCUUCCGUAUUAUCUGCUGCGCAUACACAGAAUACGCAAACUUCAAUUUCUGUUUUCUUUCAAUAGAGUCCUGAGAAUUGGUGCUUCCACAUGGAUAUUGCUACUGUAAAUGACAUGUUUUAGCAAAGCAUGUACUGUUCAUUGACCUUGCUCAUUCUUAUUUCGGAAAACUAAUAUUUCUACGUAUUCAAUGCAAAACCAACUUUUCUA